AUGUCGAGCACCCACUUCCUACGAUUACCACUACCAUCAAUCACCAAGCAAAUCUUCUCAAGAAGGAGUCCCUCCAGCAAGUUCAACCUAAGCCCAUUCUUGACUUGCAAUCAACCUUCUCAUUGGCCCUCAGCCUUCACCUCAAACCUUCAUCUCCAACGAUCACCUUCCAUCUCUUUCACCGGCAAUGCCAGACCAUCAAACUCCAGUCUAUCAUCUAAUCCAGAACUAGUUCUUUCACCACCAAUUAUCUCAAAACAUCUGAUCUUUAUUGCCGGACCGGUCUUCACCAUUGUGGAUACUUUAUCAUUUCUAACUUCACAUGUAACUUCCCCCACUUAA